AGCUGAGGUCAAGGUAAAUCUCUGCUCCCAGUCAUUGCUGCAGCCUUCCCCCUUCCCUUUCCCUAGCUCCUCAGCAGCUUCUCCUGGUGCAAAUCCCCUGCAAAGACACUGAAGCGGCCGCCGAAGUUGCCAGGCGCAGGACUCCGGAGGCAUUGGCUCAGGAACUUUUCACGUCAUUCCCGGCUCCGGAGCCCCUAGUCGCGGCGGCGCAGCCUUUCCCACCGCGGAUCCCCGGUGCUCAUGGGGCAGGCAGAGACAAGCUUGCAGCACUGAGCCCAACAGGACCAGUCCGUGAUGUCCAGCACUAAAUUGGAGGAUUCCCUCUCUCGUCGCAACUGGUCAUCUGCUUCGGAGCUGAAUGAAACUCAAGAGCCGUUUUUAAACCCCACGGACUAUGACGACGAGGAAUUCCUGCGGUACCUGUGGAGGGAAUACCUACACCCGAAAGAAUAUGAGUGGGUCCUGAUCGCAGGGUAUAUUAUCGUGUUCGUUGUGGCUCUCAUCGGGAACGUCCUGGUCUGUGUGGCAGUGUGGAAGAACCACCACAUGAGGACAGUCACCAACUACUUCAUAGUCAACCUUUCCCUGGCAGACGUGCUCGUGACCAUCACCUGCCUUCCAGCCACUCUAGUUGUUGACAUCACUGAGACCUGGUUCUUUGGACAGUCCCUCUGUAAGGUCAUUCCUUAUUUACAGACGGUGUCAGUGUCUGUGUCUGUUCUUACACUGAGCUGCAUUGCCUUGGACCGAUGGUACGCAAUUUGUCACCCUUUGAUGUUCAAGAGCACAGCCAAGCGGGCUCGGAACAGUAUCGUCAUCAUCUGGAUUGUCUCCUGCAUCAUUAUGAUUCCUCAAGCCAUUGUCAUGGAGUGCAGCAGCAUGCUCCCUGGCUUAGCCAAUAAAACCACCCUCUUUACAGUAUGUGACGAGCACUGGGGCGGUGACGUCUACCCAAAGAUGUACCACAUCUGUUUCUUUCUGGUGACGUACAUGGCACCUCUGUGUCUUAUGGUGUUGGCUUAUCUGCAAAUAUUUCGUAAACUCUGGUGCCGACAGAUUCCAGGAACUUCUUCUGUGGUUCAGAGAAAAUGGAAGCAGCCUCAGCAGCCGGUGUCUCAGCCCCGAGGGUCCGGACAGCAGAGCAAGGCCCGGAUUAGCGCUGUGGCUGCUGAGAUAAAGCAGAUCCGAGCGCGAAGGAAAACAGCCCGGAUGCUCAUGGUUGUACUUCUGGUCUUUGCAAUUUGCUAUCUACCAAUCAGCAUCCUCAAUGUGCUAAAGAGAGUAUUUGGGAUGUUCACACACACUGAAGACAGAGAAACUGUCUACGCCUGGUUCACAUUUUCUCAUUGGCUUGUAUAUGCCAAUAGUGCGGCGAACCCCAUCAUUUAUAAUUUUCUUAGUGGAAAAUUUCGCGAGGAAUUUAAAGCUGCCUUUUCUUGUUGUCUCGGGGUUCAUCAUCGCCAAGGAGAUCGUCUCGCCAGGGGACGCACAAGCACAGAGAGCAGGAAGUCCCUGACCACACAGAUCAGCAAUUUUGAUAAUGUAUCAAAACUCUCAGAGCACGUGGUGCUUACCAGCAUAAGCACACUCCCAGCAGCCAACGGGGCAGGACCGCUUCAAAACUGGUAUCGACAACAGGGAGUAGCAUCUUCACUACUGUCGGCCUGGCUGGAGGUCUGAGAGAAGAGGCUGAGUGUCCAUGUGGAACCUCACCCAUGUCAUCUCAAAGAGAGAAUGCUUUACAGAACAGUUGCCACUGUGUUCUUAGUGUUGGUUAAAGAAGAUGGACCUUAAGGCACUUGCGCGCUUUAUAAGUGACCUGGAUGACUUGAGAUUUUAAAACGUCCCAGUUAUCAAUUUAAUUUACUAAAGUUUCUGUUUUAUGGAAGCAGUUCAUUUUCAAGAAUAACUAUUGCCUGGAAGAAAACUGAUGAAUAAAACUGAUACAUAAAUGAAA